GCUUUAUUUCGUUUGUCGUUACGUUUUCACCGUAGGAUGUGUGGAAUAUUUGCGUACCUAAAUUAUCAAGUUCCGGUUACACGUCAAGUCAUCGUAAACACUUUGCUCAAUGGCUUACAUCGAUUAGAAUAUCGUGGUUAUGAUUCUGCAGGACUAGCAGUCGACGCCGUUUGCUCAGAACAGAAUGACUUAUUUAAUAAUGAUGGGUCUCACAAAACGUUUACUCGAGUUGUUCGUUGUAAAGGAAAAGUAGCAUCACUGGGACAAGCUGUUAAAGAGUUUCUAACCGAUCAUGACUUUCCAAAUGAACUAAUCACAACACAUGUUGGCAUAGCGCAUACUCGAUGGGCAACUCAUGGGGAGCCAAAUGAAGUAAAUGCUCAUCCCCAACGUUCUGGUCCUGACAACGGGUUCGUUGUAGUGCACAAUGGUAUUAUAACCAACCACGUAGAUCUUAGGGCAUUACUGAGUCGUCGCGGUUAUAUAUUUGAAUCUGAAACAGAUACAGAAGUGAUUCCAAAAUUUAUGCAAAUGAUUUAUGAUUCACAUAAAGAAAAUCCUAUUACCUUUUUAGAAGUUGUUGAAUUGGUUGCUCAGCAACUGGAAGGAUCGUUUGCAUUGGCAUCCAAAAGUUGUUACUACCCUGGUGAAUGUGUUGUGGCAAGGCGGGGUUCACCAAUGUUGGUUGGAAUUAAAAGUCCGCAUGAAUUGACAAUGAAUCAUAUACCAGUGUUUUAUAAACCGAAUAGUUCUAACACUAAAUAUAAUAUUCGACCGUUAUCCAAUGAUGGGCACGUUGAUUUAGGAGAUUCAUCAAUGGAACAGGUGACACAUUUUUUGAGUGGCGCGGAUGGUCAUCGAGAAAUCGAGUUUUUCUUUGCAAGUUGUGCAAGUGCAUUAAUUGAACAUACUGACAAAGUUAUUUUUCUAGAAGAUGAUGAUGUAGCGGCUGUUCGUAAUGGUCAACUGACAAUUCAUCGUUUAUCAAGAAGUGCAUCAGCGACACGUGAAGUUGUUACCUUACAAAUGGAAUUGCAACAGAUUAUGAAAGGCAAUUAUGAUUAUUUUAUGCAAAAAGAAAUUUUUGAACAACCAGAAUCGGUGUUGAAUACAAUGAGAGGUCGAAUAAAAUUCGAUAUGAAUACUGUGAAAUUAGGUGGUCUCGCUGAACAUCUAAGUGCAAUACGUCGUUGUCGUCGACUCAUAUUCAUUGGCUGUGGAACUAGUUAUCAUAGCGCAGUUGCAACUCGUGCACUCAUUGAAGAAAUGUCUGAACUACCAGUUAUGGUUGAAUUAGCUAGUGAUUUGUUAGAUCGUAAAACCCCAAUAUUUCGUGAUGAUGUUUGUGUAUUUAUAAGUCAGUCAGGUGAAACAGCAGACACUUUGUUAGCUAUGCGUUAUUGUAUCAAACGUGGAGCACUUGCUCUUGGUAUCACAAACACUGUCGGUUCAUCAAUAUCACGCGAAUCACAUUGUGGAGUACAUAUCAAUGCUGGACCUGAAAUUGGAGUGGCUAGUACUAAGGCCUAUACAAGUCAAUUAAUUGCCCUGGUAAUGUUUGCUUUAGUCUUAUCUGAAGAUCGCAUCUCUAUUCAACCAAAGCGUAUUGCAAUUAUUGAAGCACUAUCUAAGUUGUCUGAUCAGAUACGUUCCAUAUUAAAGUUAGAUUCGUCAUUACAAGAAUUGGCUAAAACAAUUUAUAUGAAAAAGAGCAUUUUGGUCAUGGGUCGUGGUUAUAACUAUGCUACUUGCCUGGAAGGCGCAUUGAAAUUAAAAGAAUUAACUUAUAUGCAUGCAGAAGGUAUUAUGUCUGGUGAAUUGAAACAUGGUCCAUUAGCAAUGAUUGAUAGUGAAAGCACUAUUAUAAUGAUUAUAACACGUGAUCGUUUAUAUAAAAAAACAUUGAAUGCAUUGUCAGAAAUCAGAGCACGUAAGGGUCAUCCGAUUGUUAUUUGUAAUGAAGGUGAUUCACAAGUUAUGGCAGAUGCAUCAUAUGCUAUUCAAAUACCUGAAACAGUUGAUUGUUUACAAAGUGUACUAGCAGUUAUUCCAUUGCAGUUGAUUUCAUUUCAUAUUGCAGUACAACGUGGAUUAGAUGUUGAUUGCCCUCGAAAUUUGGCGAAAUCUGUAACAGUUGAAUAAUUGAUUAUUCGUUUGCAUAUCAAAUCAUCUCAUUGAACUUUUAUUACCUUAUAAACAGCAAUUUGAUAAUUUAUUAACUAGGUCUAUAAUUAUUCUUUAAUACAAUGUCAAAUUUUGUCGUCACAUGGACACAUUCUCAUUUUAUGCUCUUAAUAUAAUUAUAUUUUCAAUGUUUUAUAAAUUGUCUUUCGACUUUCCUCUACUAUGAAUUUUAUUUCAGUUACACUAAUUGAUGGAUAUUUAUGAAAUGUUAAACACCAUAAAUUAGUUGCUUAUUUUUUUUAAAAUUUUAUUGGUUAACGUAUUGAUUCUAGUAUACACACACAAAAAAAUGGGCUUUCGUAUUUUAAAACUUUGUUAUAUUCAAGUUCUUCAUUUUCAUUAUAUUUUCUUGUUGUUGUCAAGGUUUUUUUUGUUUGUUUGUUAUCACUAAGGUAUAUCGCUAUUUGUUUUUAAAUUAAAAAAAAACAAGCGUUGUGAUCGGUUUC